CACACAUAGGUACAUUGAUUGAGUGAUAGUGUGAUUCGGCGCGUCCUAAUUCAGCUUACUAUUUUUCUUUCAUAUUUAUGAAUAAAGUGAUAUACGUGGAGCCAUGGCGGACAAACUGACUCUUGAUAGACAGGCUAUGAAAGAUAGGUCUACAUCCCAUCUUCGUAUAUACGUUGGAGGAAUAACCGAAAAUGCAACAGUUGACGAUAUGUACGACCACUUCAUCCAGUUUGGGCAGAUUAACGGCAUUGUCGUGAAUCGGAACUUUGGUUUUGUUCAGUUUGAUACAGAACCCAGCGCAAAGCAAGCUAUCGCUGGUGCUGAUGGGAGCAUCUUUAUGGGGAAGACUAUUAAUGUGAGGACUGCUCAAACCAAUCCGGAUAAAGCAAGACCUACAGAAGUAGUUAUAGUGGAGCCUGAAGUGCCCCCAGCAGUGGCGCUCAAUGAUAACCUACCAGGGGACAAUGAUGGGGGAGAGGAGCCCUAUGACAGCUACGGCAACUACAUAGGUGACCAGAGCCAUGGUCAAGAGGAUGAUUAUGAAGAUAAUAACUACAGCAACCAGAGUUGGGGCGAGACCCGCGGCGGGAGAGGGCGCGGGGGCCCAGGAGGGCCUCGGGGCCGAGGGCGGGGGCGCGGGCGCGGUGGCCAUGGAGGACCGGGUGCGGGCGUGGCUGGACAGCUCUACAGGGACAGGGAGGAGGCUCCGCCAAGGAGAGGUGGUGAGUGGGCCGAGCAGCGCGGGUACUCGCGCGAGCGGUACGCGCCCCCGCCCGAGUACCCGCGCCCCGUGCCCGUCAGCGAGCGCAACGACUGCGAGAUCAUCGUCGUCUCUAAAGCACUUACUGAAUACGCGGAAUACAUCGAAGGACGCCUGAAGCGUCUCGGCAUCGUGGUGGACCUCCUGUUCCCAAUGGAGGACGUGCCCAUCGGCAAGGUGCUCGGCAACAUAGCGUCGCGCGGCUGCCUCUACGCGAUCCUCGUGAUGCCGCAGAACCAGGAGAACCGCUCGCUCACGCUCACCAUACUGCACGGGUUGCCACAGGAACACCGCAACAUGCCGAUAGAGGACGCCCUGCAACUGCUAUCGCGGAACUUCCAGGAGGUACAGCGAGGAGGGCCGAGCGGACGCGAGGCCGUAUACGCACUGCUAGGGCAGCUGGCCGACGGACGGAGUUUAACCGUCAUGCAGUAUGAGAAGGUCAUCGAAUACUUGCAGGAACGCAAAGAGCAACAAGUCAAGAUCGAGCUGGGCGAGCCCCUCGUGCCGGCAUCCAACAGCAAGACGGAGACCGACCUGCAGCAGCGCAUCCUCAGCAUCCUCAACGACAAGGUGGCCGUGGCCGCCGAGCCCGCGCCCGCGCCCGCGCCCAAGCCCAAGCCCAAGCCUGACGCCGCUCAGAACAAACUGUUCAACGACCCUACUGUUAGGAAAGCGCUAGAUUCUAUCUUGCAGAAGUUUACGUAGACUUAGUUACUACUUAGAAAAUAUUGUGUAAAUGAAUUUUGAAAGUCAAGGGAGAGAUGAACCGUAUUUUAACUGCACGUUUCGCCAAUCUAACCUACGCAUAUCUAAACACGCAACUUACACAAAUGUAACGUCGGCUAAAAUCGUAACUCGUAACUUCUCGAAGAGUUAUUUUUGCAACUUUAGGUGUUGUUUGUACAAGUCGAGUUGUGCCUUUCCCGAGAAUGUUGUCUGUUUUGUAUAGGAAAUGUUCUCUCUCGAAAAUAUUUCCCAUAGGAAACGGAAAAUGUUCUCGAGAACGGCACAACUCUUGUAGCAAAUCCCUAAUGUCCUUGAAACGGUGUUACAAGGUUUUCUACUUUAGCCUACGAUAAAAUAAGUUGGUUCCUUUAAAAUAUGUGUUGUGUCUAUAAGAUUACUUUAAAGUGGGAGGCGUGCAGUUUUAUAAAACGCGUCACGUAAUGCAAAAUAUUGUAGAUAACGCUGUACCGAGCCGUACGUACGUCGUUAUCGCAUAAUUUACGGGACAGGGCAGCGCCAUCUACGUCAGCCGGCAAUUUUUAGCUACAAUAUUUUGCGCUACGUACGCGUCUCAAUAUUGUCAUGUCUAUGAUUAUAAGUGACCGUACAGAAUAUGACAUGAAUAUAUUUAAGUUAAUAAUUUUAAACAUGGAUGCUUCCAUUAAGUACAUUUUGUGGGCAAUUGGGCAUACGACAGUAGCGUUAAUCGUAUAAAAUAAAUGUAUUUAUUUUGUCUAAUCAUCAUAACCAUUUUACGUCUGCCAUGUUGUAUGGGUUGCUCUAACAAUAUACGAUUAAUAAUACCUGUUUCUUAGAAAUGGGGCCCUGCGAAGUUACAUCGUCUCUUUAUGGCGUUGUUCUUAAAACGCUCUACAAGCCUCAAUUAGCUAUUAAUCGUUUGUCUCAAUCAUCUGUCAUUUUGAUUAUCUAUUUGUAAGGAAGGGAUAAAACACAAAUUAACUAAUUGAGGCUUGUAAAGUUUUAUGAAUAAAGGGGUUAUAUCAUGGUGACUUUGAACUAGGCAAUAUUAGACUUGACAAUUUCUGUGUUGUCAGGGCAAUCUCUGAAAAAACCGGACAAGUCCACCGAGGGUUCCGUAUUUUAUAGUAUUUGUUGUUAUGGCGGCAACAGUUACAUCUGUGAAUAUUUCAACUGUAGCUAUCACGGUUCACGAGAUACAGCCUGGUGACAGACAGACGGACAGUGGAGUCUUAGUAAUAGGGUCCCGUUUAUACCCUUUGGGUACGGAACCCUAAAAAUGACAACAGGGGUUUCGAAACUUUAACCCGAGGACCGCGGCCUUAUAUUUGCGGGCCGUAGUUUGCAGACCCUUGACAUAGACUAAUAUUAUUAGUCUAAUAUCGUUUGAGAUUUGUGAUUUCGUGUCCCGGGUCCCUGCUGACAAACUAGUCUAGAAUGUCAAGUGUGUAUUCUCUGAAGUAGAGAAAAGAUAAUCUGUGUAAUAUUUAACGCGUGGUUUUAUAAGUUCUCUUGAACUUAUUACACUUAUACACGUUACUUUAAUUGUGAUUGUCAGACAGUUUAUUAUAUAAACAUUUGAUUAUCUAUAUUAAAUAUAUUAAUAACGGGUCACUCACGUAUUUUAAGUCGAAAACGCUCGACAUGUUUCACUCCGUACCGAG